CCUGCUGCAGUCAGAUUGUGACGAAAAAAUUCGAUCAAUCUGCAUCAUCGUCUGUAUCUCAUUAAAAAGUGAUAAUUUGGGGAAAAAAAUCCGUAAAAAGUGCAGUUCUCGGGGUGCAUUGCAAGUGUUUGCAACAGAACGAAAUACUCGUUGAUCGAAAUACGACUACUAGAUAAGAGAUUUUCAUCUCUCAAGUGGGCUUUGUUUUGAUCCAUCUUCACCAUCAUCAUCAGGCGUUGCAAAGCAGCUGAAUAACGACAACACCAGCAACAACAAUACGAAAGCUGCGGCGGAACGGAAAGACAAAACGAGAGGCGUAUCGCGAAAAGAGGCACACGCAGAGGACAACCGUACAGCGAGACGAAAAAGAUGAUGUGUCAAAGUGAAAGAGCUGCUCGCGAGAUAGGGAAGCUUUCUUCUUCGAUGGAGCAAUAAAAACAAGGCCCAUUUUUCGUAGUUCCGGAGCAUUUAGUUGGUUCCUGGAACUGCGAUCCGUGUCGAUCUUUUGUGGGUGUGUUAUUUCGCAGACGAACGGAUUACUCACGAUAGGAAUAGAGGUGGAAGGAUCAAAACGAAAGUGCUAUUAAAUGACGAUUAAAUGAGAUCCUCUGUAAGCUACAUGUUAUCGCAAGGACCAGGAGAUCCGAUAAUGGCGCAUCCCGAUUACGAGCAGCAUCACUACCACCACGGCUGUCUGCUAAUACUGGUGCGUGGAAUCGGUCCCCUGAAGCCUCGAUCGCUGCAGCGGGUAUUCGAGCGGAUCCAGCGGAUCAACAACGUCAAGAUACCGGAUUCAUCCGGCCUAACUAGAGACAUUUGGGUCCGCUACAUUCGAGAUCAUCCAGUGGAGAAUAACGACUGGGGUGAUUUCCAAACCCAUCGGAGGCUGCUGGGGCUGAUCACGGUGGGGAAGUUUGAUAACCAAAAUGAGCUGAAUGAGCUGUGCAGGGUUCACGAGUCCCUCAAGGUCAAAUACACCAAUACAUUGUUCGAUUCGCGAUGUUUGUUGUUUGGACCGAGCAUUGAAGAGUUGCACAAGAUCGCAAGUGGGCUGGAGGAGAAGAAAGAUGCCACCAUCGAGAACUGCUUCCAGACGCCGUCCAAUUUCAAAAGUCGAGCUUUUUUCUAUCCGGAAAACGACUCGUGCUCGAAUCUGGAGACAAAGAUUUCAGAAUUUAUUACCUCUCUGUAUUAUAUUUUGGAGCUGAAGCGUCUGGAGAAGACCCGGGAGAAGAUUGACAAAGUGCCCCUGCUGUUGGCACCGUUUGAAAAGAAAGAUUUCGUUGGACUAGAUUUGGAGAGUCGAAACAACAAGAAGCGCUGCAUCGGUCGGAUGACAAAGCAUCUGGGAGAUCUAACGCUACAAGCUGGCCUAGUGGCCGAAUCACUGAAUCUGUUUCACUCGGCUAGUGAAACCCUACGUGCCAUAAGUGAUUCGCUUUGGUUAGGAGCUGCCUUCGAGGGUCUCUGUGCCGCUUCCGCUGUCCUAUUGUACCCCAACUUUCGCUACACCAUGUCGAUUCAACGAAACUCUAGUCUACAGGAAAACACUUCCUCCCCUCAGAAAUACAAUCUUGCCCGAAAUCAACUGCUGACCAAUUGCUACAACGGUGAAACCAAUAAUGGAGGUAAUCUGAAGCAGAAGAAAUCCAAUAUGGUGAUUAAUCUCAACUCGGAAACUGCCUCGAUCCCGGACAAAACAUCGGCCUCAUCAAAUUCGUCGGCUUCGUCGAUCAGUUCAACGUUUUCCUCAGGUUCGGGCGGAAGCACUGCCAGUGGAAGCUCGUCCUCUUUAACCGACUCCGGAACACUGGUGAACAAGUCGACUGUAGCUCAAAAAUUCCCGUCAAACAUCCUCCAACCGGACGAAAUCCCUGCUCGGUAUCGGGAAGCCAUUAUAAACUACAGUAAAUACCGAAAUGCUGGUAUAAUUGAGACGGAAGCUGCUCUUAAAGCAGCUCGGAUUUGCAUCGAACAAGGCAAAAACCUGGACGUGGCUAUGUUUCUCCAGAAUGUCCUCUACAUCAAUCUGAACAUGAGCGAACAGCAGCGCGUUCGGAGGUUCGAAGUGCUCACCGAUCUGUACCAGAAGAUAGGAUACAAUCGGAAAGCAGCCUUUUGCCAAAGGCUAGCAGCGUGGCGCCAUGUAGCUGUUAGUAACUCAAAUCCCGAUUGGGGUCAAAGCUAUCGCCUGAUGUUGGAGAGCUUCCCGGGGCAUAAGCUUUCGCUCGAACCGCAUGAGGUCCUAGAGAACAAUACGGGUUGGCCGGUGCUGCAGAUAGACCUGCUCCAACAAAUGGUCGGAACAGCACGACGGUUAGGACAAUCCGCUCUAGCCACGAGACAUAUGACAUUUCUGCUACAGACCAUGUGGAAGCAUUUGACGUCGCACGAGCAAAAGGAAAUGGCACUUCAGCUGCAGAAUCUGAGUGCACAGUGCGAAGGAGCACCGGUCCCAUUGGUGUUGGAAAAUGGCACGGUCAUUCCGCCGUCAAAUUUGACGGACUUGCCUCUGUGCAGUCAGGUUCUCGCUAAGGAUUUGCCAUCGCACUUGCGGCCGUUGAAGAUCGCCGUAGCAAAAGUAGAUAGCGGUCCGUUUCUUUUCACACCGAUUCACUUCAGCUCGAUAGAUCGUCGCCAGGCAAAGGACGACAGCAAGAUAUUGUUCAAUUGGAUUCAACACGACGUCUGCGAAGUGAACGUCAAACUAACCAAUCCGCUACCGUUUGAGCUGCAAGUAACUGACAUCCGCUUGCUAACCACGGGAGUCGUAUUCGAAGCAUUUCCUCAAACGGUAAUGCUUCAACCGAACGUACUAACCACGGUAGCUCUGCAUGGAACUCCGAUCGAGAAAGGAGAACUUGACAUUCAAGGAUACAGCACACACACGAUUGGUGUAAAGUCCAAUUGUCGCCUAAAGAAUAUGCUGCACCGAAAGUUACGAAACUUGCCUUCGCACUAUCAAGUGAAUGUGAUUCCUGCGCUUCCAAAGGUAGAGCUUAAGACAAGUCUCCCGCCGACGGCCACCUUCAGUGGAAUGCCUAAUGCGGACUGUGUGACCACAUCUGCCAGCAUUACGCUUUACAACGGCGAGCGGGGCGAAUGCAUCGUGACAAUGACCAACACGAGUAACAUACUGAUAGAAUAUAUUGAUGCAAUUUUCCAUUCAAACAUGGAUGCGAAUCUGCAGAAUCGAAUCUUUCAAUUGGCGACGGAUGACAUCACUUCGAAGCUUCCGAUCAAACCGAACGAGAGCAUCGAUUUCAAGCUGGUGAUUUAUGGUGAAGCGGAUUUUCUAGGUGCGAUUGCAGGUGUUCAACAGCUGUACUCGCAUUCGUCCCACCAGGAUGGUAUGAACAGUGCAGGGCCUCAGAGUUUGACCGUAUCGCAUAGCGGAGGUGUCGUCGGAGGAACCAUCAGUGGCAGUGGAAAUCCAAGCAUUCCAAGCCGGAUCAGCUCACCAACAAACACUCACAGAAGGAAUGAUCCAUUGACGUCUAGCUUUAGAUCGUCCCACUCGGGGCACUCGUCGCUGGCUACGUUGAGCGUGGGAAUUGCUACGGGCCAUAUGCCAAGGCAACUGGAAGCACAGUUAAGGUUCAAAUAUUCUGGAGGGGAAGGUUUACAGGAAGGCUACUGUCGGCAGUGUGCGAUUUCGUUCAACGUGGAACUACUACCGAGUGCCCAGAUUACAAAUUGGGAUGUCCUGUCGGCGGAAAUUCCGUCGCAGUUCUACCUAGUGCUGGAUGUGGUCAACCUGACGGCUCAGGAAAUGUCUCUAAACUACACAUCAAACAAGACAAUACUCAUCGAGGCUAAGGAAAGCUGCCGCGUGCCGGUGCCGGUAGACCGUUGUCCACUCGAUCGUAUCCUAGCGGCGAUGGAACAGCAGCUACAUUCAUUUAACAGUGCUUCAGCGGAUGCCCAUCCAAGUAUGCUCAGCGGGGUGGGCGUGACCAGCGCAAGUGACGCAGGCGAUCUGACGGAGCGCGUUUGUUCGGAACACAUUGCGGAGAAUGUGAACCUCAAGUGGUCCCUGCCGGGGUUGGACUGCAGCGGAGUGGCUUCUCUGCGAGGGAUUUCGCUGUCGCCGACGAUGCUGGAUUUGGUAACGGUUCCGCCGUUACAAUGGGAGGUCAAGAUCGAUAAUCAACCAGUGGCCCCGCAGUCGGAGGUAACCUGCGUAACAGGACAGUUCAUAACGCUAAGCAUCGGCAUUUGCAAUCUGUCGGCUUCGGUGCUGCAUCAGGUGCAAGUGUCGAUCCAAUUCUAUCAAGACUUUCAAAAUGGACACCACAACUAUCGUCUGGAGACGCGCGUAACGAUGACGGGAGCGAAUCACAUUCUGAUCCCGGCGUUGAACAAAGACGAAAAAGCAUUCCACGAGUGCUCGGUAGUGUUCUUCACUCCGGGUCGAUUCAAAGCCGACAUCCAAUGUCGCUCGCUGAGCUCACAGGGAGAGGCAGGUCCAUCGUCGUCGUCGUCCUCGUCCCACGUGUGGCGAUUCAUUCCACCGGUAGAGAUAACGGUGAUAGAUCAGUAAGCCAACUUGCAAAAACACGAUUAGCCAACAAACAAAUGAACGAGUAAAGCGCUUUAAAAGGAUGUAGGUAUAGCUUGCUUGCUACACACUAAAGGCAAUAGUUAAUUUUUCGUUUUCUGUAUAAUCAACAGUUUUAGUUAGGUUCGUUCAAAACUUAAAUCCUCACUACCUACCUACAACAUUUGAUUCAGCAUUAGAGGUUUACGUUCUGGGAAAUCGACUUUUCUAUACUUGUAAGUAGAUCGUUAAUUCAUAAGGUACUGGUGAAUUAUCGGAAAGCAGAGCAAUACGAAGAUGAAAUUAGGUGACUUUUGUCUGAGACAAAAGUCGUGUGACUUUGAAACAAAAGCUUUUUCCCGCUUUAGAUUUUUUUUUCUUGUUGAAGAUGAAUACUAUUACUGAAUACGCAUGUGUAUCCAAUCUACGUAAGACAAAACGAAAUUAUUAUUUCCUACGAUUACAUAAUUAUUCUCACGCUAUUGUACGGUAUUGUAUCUUGGGGUGAGGAGCAACAAAUUUAGUAGAUAUUAUGGGUGACCGAAUAUAGCGACAAAAAACAACAACUGGAAAAGCCAACAUACAGUAUAAUAAUAAGCAUUAGGUCUACUGUAAUAGGACGCUGCAAGAGCACUACGAUUUUUUGUUACAAUGGAAGAAUGGAUGUUAUUUAUUAUUGAAUAAACGAGUUGCGCAAGCAAAGCUAUAUU